AUGUUGAAUUACAGCUGCACUGGGGUUUGAUGUGUUUUAAAGCAACUUUUUGGUCUUUGUUGCGGAUUUUUGCGCUCUGUCAGCAAACGGUUAGCUUGUUAGCCUGGUUAGCACGGCGGGUUAGUUCACAGGCAGCAGGACGACGGCGCGCUGCUGCUUCCCCGGUCGCUCUGUUUUCCUGAGGGCUGUUUAAGAGAGAACCUAACGUUCAUUCAGGCACUAACAACAGCAUGGCCACAGCGCAGUCAACAUUAAUGUUCGCUGUGUGCGUCCUGAUGAUAACAGAACUGAUACUGGCCAGAAGGGACUAUUAUGAUAUUUUGGGCGUACCUAAAGAUGCCACUGAACGUCAGAUUAAGAAAGCUUUUCACAAGCUUGCCAUGAAAUAUCAUCCAGACAAGAACAAGAGCCCUGAUGCAGAAGCAAAGUUCCGGGAAGCAGCAGAAGCAUAUGAAGCCCUUUCGGAUGAGAAAAGGAGGCGAGAGUACGAUCAGUUAGGACACGGUGCUUUCUCCAGCAAAGGCAUGAGAGGUGGAGGCCAGUACUUUCACCAGACUUUCGAUUUUAACUUUGACGACAUGUUCAGAGACUUCGACAUCUACAGCCAGAACAGACACGCCCGGCCAAAACGGCACUUCGAGGAUCAUUUCAGAGCUCACCAGCAGGCCCACAGCCGCCACAAGAGGCACUUCCAGGGGGGGUUUGGUGCGGGGAUCUUCGAGGAGCUUUCCGACGACAUGGAGAGAAUGUUUACAUUUGAUAGGCAUACCAAGCGGGCUGAGAGCAGGUUUCAUGGUACAGCAAAACAGCACUGUAGGACUGUGACUCAGAGAAGGGGGAAUAUGGUGACCACCUACACGGACUGUACCUCUUCCUGAGCUCCAGAGUGGAUUGUAGUCACCAGUGUCCACCAGCCAUUCUUUAGCUGUGCUGUGUUCAGCUAUAGCUAAGCUAUUUUUUAACUAAUUUAUUAACUUGUUGGUGUGGUGAGUGAAGCUUGACCUUGUUUGAGUGAAUAGGUUAUGACAAGGAGCACUAGUAGUUUAUGGAUCAUUUGGUGACAACUGACAUUACACUGUGCAGCUCUCUGCAUUAGAAAACAAAGCUCUUUGUGUUUCCUUGUGAGAAACCAUUGUUUCCUCCACAGAAAAGAGAGUUCAUAAACACAUACAGAAAAUCCAGGGUUAGAUCAAACUAAGACUAAAGUUAGCGAGAUAAGCAAAAAUAUUGGCAUCCCUGGUCAAGCAGAAUUUUCGGUUGUGAUUGUAAUGGUGCUAACUUCCGACAAAAAGAAACCUCAACAUGAAUUACAGCAUUCCAGAUGGACAUCUAGUGGCACUUCUGUGGAGAUAAAUGUGUACAGCCUCCACACAAAGAUAAAUAACUAACACUGUGUAGGAGAUAUAUAUUUAAAAAACGAUACAUAUUUAGAAAUACCAGGUAACCAUUGGUAGUUUGGACAGUAGCUUUUAGUUUUGCAGUUGCUUCAAGGUGUUAACACUUUCCAGUUAUUAGCAGUGCCUUUUUCAAAUGUUCAGAAGUGGAUUCAGAUGCUUUGUGAAUUGAUGUGCAUGUACUUGUUCAUCUUGUUCCAGAGUUGAGAGGAAUGAUGAGCGUAGUUUCAUAAUUAACAUCAUUUGCCCAUUUUUGAGGGUCUUAAUAAGCAACAUGUGAUCAACACAUAGUUCAAGUCAGAUUCAUAUUAGUUUGUUAGUCACAUAUGUAAAAGUUUUCACAAUGUAGUUGAUACUAAUAUUGUUAAAAGCAAUAUUAUUCCAAAUGUAGAUGGAAAUGUGAAGGCAAAUGAAGACUUACAGGUACAGUAAGGAUAAUUUAGAUAUAAAUAUUAUGAAAAUUGGCAAUUGUUCUUGUUUCCACCUUAGUUCUGCCAGCGCUUCUGCUACACCUUAAUUCAAUCUGUAAGAAAUGUCAACACUGUACACUGCUGCAUUGCUUUGAUCUUUUGCCUGAGGCUGUCUUUCAUUCCUGUAAACUAGUCUCCAAAUCACCAUAUAUGCAUGGAACACUGCAAUACCAUAUACUAAUGUGAAUGUGUCUAGACCCAGCUAUGUUCCUUUAGGACUGAUCACCUAUUACCUCAUUUUUCGUGUUGAAUAAUUUUGUUUGUGUGCAAUAUUUUAAGCCAGCUCUGCUGAUAAUACCACUGUUACUUGCUGGCCUUGGUGUUUUUCAGUUUGACUUCAGCUGAACCAUUAAGCACUUUCAUUUAAAUCCUAUGGAUGAAACUUAAUUGACUGUAUUCAAGCCCAGAUGUAUGAUGUAAUGUACUUGGGUGGAAUAAAUGGUGCAAAAAUGCGA